GCCUGGCGCCCCAGGCCCUGAGGUGGGACGCUCGGCCGCUGACACCCUCCCCUUUCGACCCUGCAGUACCCGGCCUGGUGGCUCCAGGAAGUUCCCGGCGCAUGGCCGAGUGCUGUGGACUACGCCCAUGAAGUCCGUUAUCCUCCUAGUCGCGCUGUUGCUAUGGCCUGCGUCCUCGCCGGCGUUUCCGGUGUACCGGAGCUUAACUGUGUCACCCAGUGAAGAAAAAAACUUGAAUCACUAUGUGCAAGUUUUAGAGAACCUCAUAUUGAGCGUCCCCACGAAGGAGCCCGACGGGGAGGUGCUGAUACCCUCUCCGAACAAUCUCUACUCUCCAGAUCCGGCCGUGUCAAGACUGAAGGCCCUCAGCACGCUCGGAGAUGCUGCAACUCAGGACGGCGCUUCCACCAGCGGGUACAGCAUGGCGGUCCCUGUGACUGGACCCCCGCCGAGGACAGAGACCGCGCAGCCUACUGAGAGCACGGCCUUUUGGUCCAUCAGACCCAACAACAUCUCUGUCGUUCUGCGCACAAAAGAACCUUACAUUGAACAUGAGCCGGAGCCAGAGCCAGUCAUGAAGCGCACGGAGGCCCCGAGGAGGUCAUCCUCGUCCUCCACCAGGUUCUCCACGCCCCCUCCCACCACCACCGCGCCCAUGAGCACAGACUCGGAGUUCUCCACGGAGUCCGAAGAUGUCCCCCAGCUCUCGGGCGAGGACCUCGGAGAGCCAGUUGAACAUCAUUCACAGUCUAUGAGCAAUGAUGACAUUUUGAGAGCAAUCUCAGCUAUCCAGUCCCAGCUGCAGCAGGCGCCCCUGGGUGACAAGAACGACCCUGAGUAUAAAGAGCUCGUGGAGAGCUCCGAGGAAAGCCUGAGACGAAGUCUUGCUUUGGCAGCAGCUGCAGAACACAGAUUGGAGAAAAUGUAUGAAUCUCACGUCUUUCCUGAAGGACAAACCAGUAAGGGGACGUACGACAUUGGAACUGUCAUUAACAUGCUAUAUAAUUCUAGAUCUAAAUUAUCAAAAUAUUUAGAUAUGAAAUAUGUUCCACCAGAGAUGAGAGAAAAGGCGAGCACAGUAUUCAAUACGUUGAAAAACAUAUUAUGUGUAGGUCAGGAAGACACUCCCAACCUUAUUAGGAAGUUAUUAAGAAAGCAUAUACCAAUGUUGGGCCAGGGCGACAGCUCAGCAGUAUAGCGCCGACCUGGCAAGAGUAAGGUCCUGAGUUCAAGUCCAGGUACCAAAUUUAAGCAAACUAUGUUCACUACAGGAACACAAUCAUCUUAGUGAUUUCUAAAGUUGUAUAUUUUCUAAUAUAGUGCA